UGUCAAUGUCUUCUUGAUCAAGCAAAAUCAAUUAUUCCCGAUAAACCUCCAUUAACAGCUUCUUGCAAGCUCUGUGUUUGUUUAUCAGGGUCUAUUGAAAUCUUGUGAAAUGGGGAAGAAGAAACAUUUGGAUUGGACAAGUCGAUCGAUUACGUCGUCUGGAGAUGAUAAAGUUCCUCUAAUCAGAGAUAAAAAGAUAAAUGGUAAUGAUAUCGGGCCAUCAAAUGAUCCAGCAACUGAUCUCGAGCACGGAGAUGCAGUACAGGCAGCAAAUGUUGGGUUUUCCAGGGUUAUACUUUUGGCAAAGCCUGAUGCAGGAAGACUCAUUGUUGCUACUAUUGCAUUGUUGAUAGCUUCAACCUCCAGCCUGCUUAUUCCAUCAUUUGGUGGGAAGAUAAUUGACAUUGUGUCAAGAGAUACAAGGACUCCUGAAGAGCAAACCGAAGCUCUGAAUGCUGUUAAGGACACUAUACUAGCCGUUGUGUUGGUGGUGGUUGUUGGUUCAUUAUCAACAGCGAUCCGGGCAUGGUUGUUUUCUUCUGCUAGUGAAAGGGUUGUUGCUCGUUUGAGAAAGGAGUUGUUCAGCCACCUUAUGCAUCAGGAAAUAGCCUUUUAUGAUGUUACUCGAACCGGGGAACUACUAAGUAGAUUAUCCGAAGAUACCCAAAUAAUCAAGAAUGCUGCAACUACUAAUCUCUCGGAGGCACUACGAAACUUGACUACGGCAUUUAUUGGUCUUGGAUUCAUGUUCUCAUCUUCUUGGAAGUUAACAUUGCUGGCUUUGGUGGUUGUACCGCUAAUAUCUGUAGCCGUACGCUAUUUUGGAAGGUAUCUUCGAGAACUCUCACAUGCGACACAAGCUGCAGCCGCAGUUGCUGCCUCAAUUGCAGAGGAAUCUUUUGGGGCCAUUAGAACGGUGCGAUCAUUUGCACAAGAAUCUUAUGCGAUUUCAACCUACUCGGAAAAAGUUGAUGAGACCCUAAAGCUUGGGCUCCGACAAGCGAAAAUCACUGGUAUUUUUUCUGGUGGUAUGAGCGGAGCCUCAACGUUGUCUGUGAUCACGGUGGUGAUAUACGGGGCUUACUUGACUAUAACUGGCUCGAUGACUGCUGGUUCUCUUACGUCAUUCAUUCUCUACAGCCUCACUGUUGGCUCUUCCAUAUCUUCAUUAUCGGGAUUAUAUGCAACUGCUAUGAAAGCUGCAGGAGCAAGUAGGAGAGUUUUUCAGCUUCUAGACCGUGUAUCGAGCAUGGCCAAAGCCGGGAACCAAUGCCCUGUGGGCAAUCCGGAUGGAGAUGUUGAGCUAGAUGACGUAUGGUUUGCUUACCCAUCUCGGCCCAACGAUAUGGUACUUAAGGGGAUAACGUUAAAACUGAGACCUGGUUCCAAAGUAGCCCUGGUCGGUCCAAGUGGUGGCGGAAAGACCACCAUCGCAAAUUUGAUCGAACGGUUUUAUGAUCCGCUAAAUGGAAAGGUUUUGCUAAACGGGGUUCCGUUACCUGAAAUAUCACACGAGUUUCUACACAGAAAGGUGAGUAUAGUGAGCCAAGAGCCCGUUCUGUUCAACUGUUCUAUAGAAGAUAACAUUGCAUACGGGUUUGAUGGCAAAGCCAGCAGCUCGGACAUCGAAAAUGUUGCCAAAAUGGCAAAUGCCCACGACUUUGUGUCGUCUUUCCCAGAAAAAUAUCAAACGGUGGUAGGCGAACGUGGAUUGAGGUUGUCGGGAGGUCAAAAACAACGGAUAGCAAUUGCUCGAGCACUCUUGAUGAAUCCUAGAGUUUUGCUGUUGGAUGAAGCCACUAGUGCUUUGGAUGCCGAGAGCGAAUAUCUUGUUCAGGAUGCAAUGGACUCGUUAAUGCAAGGAAGGACCGUUCUAGUGAUCGCACACAGACUAUCGACCGUCAAGAGUGCCGACACUGUAGCCGUGAUAUCUGAUGGGCAAAUCGCCGAAAGUGGAACUCACGAUGAGCUUCUUAACAUGGACGGAAUUUACACUGCACUCGUAAGGCGACAAUUGCAAGUUCCCAAAAACGAAUCGUAGUUUUUGACCGUCAUGGCAACGGUAAGAUCCGAGGACCGAUUGUUUCAGAAGCAGCAAGAAACAACAUUUGCGUUGAAGGGGUUUUGUAUACUAUGAAAUUAUGAUGAUUUAGGCAAGCGGGAUUCAUAGAAAUGGCUACUAAUUGUUCAUGACCAAAUAGUCUAUGUAAUUGACAUGAUAAAAAACUUGCAUGUUUUUGGAAAUGAAACUGCGUGUUUGG